CGUUCUGGACUCGCUGGGUGACGUCAUUAACGUCGUUGACGUCAUCGUCCACAUGCGCGUCUCAUUCUACAAGGACGGAUGUCUGGUUCUAGAUCCACAGAUAAUUUUGAAUCGCUAUAUGAACAGCAGGAAGUUCAUUUGUGACGUCACAUCCGUUCUACCGCUAGGCACAGUUUUCGGCGCAAUGAAUGUCGUCUGCGGCUUUCUUUACGCAGAUUUGUCGCCUGUGAUACCAUACAAAGUACAGAUACUGCUGGUGCGACUACCGAGGCUUCUCAAGUACUCCACCAUUAGUCGGUACUUCGAUCUCAAGGACAGUCGGACACGGAACCCUAACCUACUGCGCGCGUUCAAGCUAUCAUUGAACCUGUGGGUGGUGAUCCACUGGAUGGGGUGCGCCUACUACCUGGUCAGCGAGUACGAGGGACUGGGGGUCAACAGCUGGGUAUACCCUAGCGGCCCGGAAUACGCCAGCUUCACCAGGAAGUACAUCCGGGUGAUGUAUUGGUCGUUGAUGACGCUCACAACAAUCGGUGAGCGGCCGCCUCCGGAAACAGACCUGGAGUUCGUCUUCACCGGCGCCACGUUCCUAAUCGGUGUUUUGGUUUUUGCCGCCGUCGUCGGCAACGUAGGUGACGUUAUCACCAACAUGAACGCAACUCGGACCGAAUUUCAGUCGCGUAUGGACCAGAUCAAGUCGUACCUGCAGCACCACCAGGUGGACGAGAAACUGCAGAACCGCGUGAAGAGAUGGGCCGACUACACGUGGAACAGAACUCAGUCUAUCGACGAGCCAUCCCUACUGCAGAUGCUUCCGGACCACCUGCGUACCGAGAUCGCCAUCAACGUGCACCUAGAGACGCUCAAAAAGGUGAAGAUUUUCGAGGAGUGCGAGGAGGGGCUGCUACGGGAGCUGGUGCUCAAGCUCCGCCCCCAGGUCUACUCCCCGGGGGAUUAUAUCUGCCGCACGAGCGAGAUCGGCAAGGAGAUGUACAUCGUAAACCACGGCAAGGUCGAGAUUCUGGUUGCGAACAACGUGACCGGGAAGCGCACCUACCUAACGACACUCACUUCCGGUUCGUACUUCGGCGAGAUCAGUCUGCUUAAAAUAGACGAGGUGCAAAACAGACGUACGGCGGACGUGCGAGCGGUCGGAUACUCGGAGCUCCUGCGACUCUCCCGACGGGACCUCAUGUCCGCGCUGGUGGAAUAUCCGAACGCAAAACGGAUCCUUGAGCAACAUGCGAAAGAAAGGAUUCAAGAGAUCCGUCGACCAAGUUACAAUACGCCAUCCCAGGCUUCCGGUGACGUUUUCCCCUCGACGUCGGGAAGCAAGAAGGACAUGCUAUUCAAAGUCAUUAAGUCCGAAAACUUCAAGAAAAUCCUCGCCGCACGACAAGUCGAGAUGGGAGAGAUCAGGUCGGUGUUGAACGAUCUCAGGCAGUUUGACAGCCAGUCAACAAAGCAGAUGAUAGCUGAUCAACAAUCGGAGAACCAGGAGCUAACCGAGCAAAUAAAGUAUCGUGACAAGGAGAUACUACUGCUGAGGAACAAAGUCUCUCGCUUGAAAUCCAAGGACCGUGCCUUCCGCGUCAUCGACAGAAACUCACCGAAAUCCGCCAGGCGUCAGUAUGAUGGACACGCUGAGUGCGCAUGCGAUAAGAACUCUAAUAAUAACCUUAAGAGACAUACGCGUCGUUCGGAAGUGUCGAAGUUGUGCAGGUCGCAGUCACAAGGUAGACGUGACGAAAUCUACGAAACAACUAAGGAUCAUUCCAAGCAUUAUCAAGUCACGAAAGAACUCGGAAGAAAACAUAUUUCAAAUAACACAAUCUUACUUCCUUUCAAAGCUGACUCGGUGAAUAAUUGUUUUAAGUCACCACAGAACUUCCCAAACGGCUGUAGCCAUUCGCCAAUCCACAAAACGCUGCCAAGUUGUGUUAAUAAAAACUGCGCUCGGAACGCCGUGUCAACCAAGUGGCAAAAGAUGACGUCAUCCAGGCGCUUGCUGGCCCGGAGCAUCAGUGACUUUCACGACGACUCGAACGAGUUCCGUGUCAUUAAGAAGCUUCUCGAAAUUGACUCUUGUCUGUCUGACAGUUCCGGUCGCACCUCAGACACUUCCGAUGACGAGCACAGCGACUUCUACCACGACAUGCAUUUCUAAGGAACUGGGUCCUAUCAGAAGCGUUUGGUGUUAUACCAUACAUUCUAUCGUUUUGCAUUGUUUGUGUGUGAAAUAAUUCAAAUUAAAAACGCGGCGCAAUUAUUGACGCCCAUUUGAAAAACGUCUGUUUUCUAGGAAAGCGCAUACUGACAACUGUACAUGCAGACGUGUCUAAUGACGGGAUAGAUUUGGUCCGGAACCAUACUUUGUCCGUGGAUAAAACAGUUAUCGAACGCAUGAACCUGACACUAGUUCAAAUUAAAUCAAAUAUCAUAAAUGCAUUCAUAGAUUAAUGGUCAGCAGAAACACACUCGCUCAUACAUAAAAUGAAAUAAACUCGUUCCUUUAUGACAGAGGACAUAUUUCCAAACAGUGAGUAACACAAGUACACAACAAAAACACGUACAUAAAUAAAACUGGGGUCACCGCCUUUAAAUGGUUAAUGCACAGCAGCUGCAGAGUGUAUGUUCAGUCUUUGGCAUUUAAAGCGACGUGUAAAAUUAUUCGUUUUCGCCAUUGUCUUUCAGAAUAAAAUCAUGUUGUAACAUAUAAUAUUGGAUUCCGUAUUUAUUAUUUUAAAUUGUCGUAUAUUACAUCAUUUGUGCAAUUGUGUAUCAUUUAAAGCAAAUGUUUUGAAUAUUUUAUUGUUUUAAUGUCCGUGACUCAUCAUGCCUAAUGUGUUUAUAUUGUUAAUUCGAAGGGUACAUUCAAUUGUGAUGGAUCCAAAUUAGAUAAACAAGCUCGUCGGGAGAAUGUACAUUUCAAUAUCUGAUUUAUUUCUAGUAUCUGAAAGAACUUUAUAAUAUUUUCAACUGGUAUAAGUUGUGUUGCUGUUGCUGUUUUCUCAAAAUUGUGUUUAAAUCAGGUCACCAUUUUGUCAUCAUUUACUAUUACUACGCCGUAUUAUACUAGUUUUAUAUUACUAUGUAAAACGUAAAAAUAAUGUCCAUGUAUAUAUGAAAUUGUCAUUUAUAAUUAAAGGCGAAAUCGACAUAACUUUCAUUAUUUCGUUUUUUACAUUCACCACGGUUCAUUGUAAGUACCGAGUAAUUGUUAUGUGUAUAAAUUACAUCAUUGUGUGUAGCCACAUGUGCUAUGUUAAAUUAAAAUUUUUAUUAAAGAUGUAUGCUA